UAUUUAAACCAGCGAUUAUAUCCGCUCUGAUGAAGAAAUAGUAUGCAAAUACCAUUGGUGACGAAAAUAGAGGAAACAGUUAUCCCUAUCGACCUUAUACACAACGCGCAUCUCUCAUGCAGUGAUGCUAACCAGAAAACAAUUCUAGGGUAUUUUUUAAGAACGUGGUACAAAGGUUCACUGUCAGGUCUCAAUAAUGAAGAGCUCACGCGGAGCUCUCAAAAAGGCAGAGGAAGGGCAGAACACACCAGAAAGUGAAAACUUACUCAAGUCAAGUUCUGGGCGUAAAAAUAAGAGGGGACGAAAUGCAUCUCCAGGUGACAUCAAAGUUAUCAUUAUUGUGAUAGUUAUUGUUUUCGUUGUUCUCGGAAUUAUUGGUGGUAUCAUUGGCGGUGUGCUUUCAAACAAGAAAAAGAAUGAAGAAACCACUACUGUAAUUUCAAAUAUGACAGUGACCUAUACCGUUACAAGCAUCACAGAGUUAGAGCCUACCUCUGAGCUUACCACUGAGCUAACCACCGAAAUUGCAUUAUUUGGGGACAUAGUUGCUGGGAAAACAACGGAAGAAACAGCCCCGACAGAGAUAACAGAGGAACCACCAGCACCAACGGAGUUUGAAACAGAAGAACCACCAGAACCAACGGAGUUUGAAACAGAGGAACCACCAGAACCAACGGAGUCUGAAACAGAGGAACCACCAGAACCAACAGAGUCUGAAACAGAGGAACCACCAGAACCAACUGAGUCUAAAACAGAGGAACCGCCAGAACCAACAGAGUCUGAAACAGAGGAACCACCAGAACCAACUGAGUAUGAAACAGAACCACCAGAAACAACGCAGGCCAUUUAUACAACCAUAGUGACAACAGAGUCGCCAACAACAGAAAGUAUAACAACAUUAAAAACUACUGAGAAACAACAAACAACAAAAGAAUAUACUGAUUUGCCCCCAGUCACUUUCCCUACUACUGAACCACCUGUAUUAACUGAUAUGCCUGCAUUCACCUUUCCUGUAACCAAUGGUGGGCGCACAGCUGCUGCCGCCAAGACUACUUUGGAACCUACAACUGCAGCUGCCCAGAAUACGUUGAAACCUACAACUGAAACUGCCCAGAAUACGUUGGAACCUACAACUGAAGCUGCCCAGAAUACGUUGGAACCUACAACUGAAGCUGCCCAGACUAGUUUGGACCGUACAACUGAAGCUGCCCAGAAUACUUUGGAACCUACAACUGAAGCUGCCCAGAAUACUUUGGAACCUACAACUGAAGCUGCCCAGAAUACGUUUGAACCUACAACUGAAGCUGCCCAGACUAGUUUGGACCGUACAACUGAAGCUGCCCAGAAUACUUUGGAACCUACAACUGAAGCUGCCCAGAAUACGUUGGAACCUACAACUGAAGCUGCCCAGAAUACGUUGGAACCUACAACUGAAGCUGUCCAGAAUACGUUGGAACCUACAACUGAAGCUGCCCAGAAUACUUUGGAACCUACAACUGAAGCUGCCCAGACCACUUUGGGACCUUCAACUUCAAUUGCCAAGACUACUUUGGGACCAACAACCGUAGCUGCCCAAACUACCCUGGGACCUACAACUGUGGCUGCCCAGACUACCCUGGGACCUACAACUGUGGCUGCCCAGACUACCCUGGGACCUACAACUGUGCCUGCCCAGACUACCCUGGGACCUACAACUGUGGCUGCCCUGACUACCCUGGGACCUACAACUGUGGCUGCCCAAACUACCCUGGGACCUACAACUGUGGCUGCCCAGACUACCCUGGGACCUACAACUGUGGCUGCACAGACUACCCUGGGACCUACAACUGUGGCUGCCCAGACUACCCUGGGACCUACAACUGUGGCUGCCCAGACUACUCCGGAACCUACAACUGUGGCUUCAUUAUAGUUUCCUUGGUCAGAGAAGUGAAUUAUGCUGUAAUACUAUAAACAAGAAGAAAUAUACAUAAAUAGUUGUAGAUAUAAUGCUCCUGAGUCUGACUAGCCUUUGAAAUAGAAGAAAGUUACCAGAAUUAAAUAUGAAUAAUAUUGAUAAAUGCACGAAUACAUUAUUCAAAUAAUUCACAUUGCAUUACACGACACUGUUUAUUAAUUUAAAGUUUAUUAAUUAAUGUGUGUGGGUGUUGAAUAUUUUUAAGUAGUUGCGACCAACUUUCAGUGGUUAUAAACUGGCCUUGGUUACAACUAAAGUGUAUAUGUAUAUAUGUGUAUACAUGCAAGAAAUACAAUACACAACAAGUUACACCAAAGUUUUAUCAAGCACUUGGUUUGUGUUUGGGAACCAUAUUCAAGCGUUAUUGAAAGAUUAGAUUAGUAAAAUUAAACUAUAAUUGUUAAAUAAUUUACAAAUUAAGAACGUAUUUACAGAAUAAACGGUUAUAAUGUAUUGAAUUCGUUGUAGGUGUGUAUAGGAAAAGUGAAGGGUCAAUUAACGUUUUAACUAGAAUUGUUUGAAGUUUAUGAAACAAGCGUAAGGUGUGGUGGUGUUUUAGGGUGGAUCAAUUAUCAGCUCUGUGAUUUAUUUUGUGCAUGCAUAUAUUCGAUGAAAUAAAUAUAGUGUAAUUAGUUAA